UUCUCAAGAACUUACUAAAAUCUCCGGACACCCUUCUCGUCCCUUGUCCCAGCCACCAUGCAUAUGAUCGUAACCACACCCGCCGGCGACUCCGCCUUCACCAACCACGCCUACUGCUCACCGUCCGAUCUUCCCACCUUCGCCGUCCCUCAAUCCGACCGCUGUUAUGCCACCGUCGGCGACAACUACGUUCUAUCUAUCAGCCCCCAAGAGGGUAUAGAGAGCGGCCACAUUGCUCUGAAUGCGACCCAACAAAAGCAAGCUGGUGUUUCUGUUGGUGACCAAGUUUCUGUCACCAGAUUUAUUCCGCCCGAGGAGUGUUUUAACUUGGCACUGCUCAAGAUAGAGAUAGAGUUGCUGGGGAAAAGAACCAAAACUCGACAGGUCGAUGCUGUUUUCCUCGACGAGUUACUUAGAAACAAGUUCAUGUACCAGGUUAUGAUGGCUGGACAAAAAGUAUCAUUCAAGUCUGAUGGAGGUCGUGAAUACGUUUUCACAGUCCAUCAAGCUGCAGUAGAGGGGCAAGAAAAGGCUGAUGCUGAUCUUGAAAGAGGGAUGAUUUCAUCAGGGACAUACUUCAUCUUCGAGACACCAAAGGGUUCAAAUGGACUAAAGAUACUAAAUCAACGUAAAAUCUUCACGCAGAAGGAACUUAAUCUUCAAAAACUUGGCAUUGGUGGAUUAAAUGCAGAGUUUGAAAGUAUAUUUCGAAGAGCUUUUGCCUCCCGUGUACUCCCUCAUCAUGUGGUGAAUAAAUUAGGGAUUAAGCAUGUGAAGGGCAUGCUGCUUUAUGGACCGCCCGGUACUGGAAAAACUCUGGUGGCUCGGCAAAUAGGGAAAAUUUUGAAUGGGAAAGAUCCAAAGAUCGUCAAUGGCCCUGAAGUGUUGGACUGUUACGUUGGUGAAAGUGAGAAGAAUGUUAGGGAGCUAUUUGCUGAUGCUGAACAAGAUCAAAUAGUUCAUGGGGAUGAAAGUGAUUUGCAUGUCAUAAUAUUUGAUGAAAUUGAUGCAAUUUGUAAGAAAAGAUCAGGUUCCAGCCGUGAUAGUUCACGCAUUCAUGAUAAUAUUGUGAACACAUUACUUACCAAGAUGGAUGGGGUGGAGCCUCUCAAUAAUAUUCUGAUUAUUGGAUUGACUAACAGAAAGGAGUUGCUGGAUGAAGCCCUUUUGAGACCAGGACGUCUGGAAGUUCAAAUUCAGAUAGGCCUUCCUGAUAAAAAAGGUCGCCUACAGAUUCUUCAAAUUCAUACAAACAAGAUAAAGGAGAGCUCUUAUCUUGCUCCUGAUGUGAACCUUCGAGAGCUUGCUACUCAUGCAGAAAACUAUAGCGGUGCAGAACUUGAAGGUGUUGUUAGAAGUGCUGUGUCAUUUGCUUUUAAUAGACAACUGAGUCUGGACGAUCUUAAGAAGCCAGUGGACGAGGAGAAUAUUAAAGUUACUAUGGAUGAUUUUCGUCGCGCACUUCAAGAAAUUAGACCUACUUAUGGAGCCUUGGCAGAGGAGCUUGAACGAUGCAGGUUAAAUGGCAUUGUGAAUUGUGGUGAUCGACAUAGGCACGCUUAUGACAGAGCUAUGCUUCUUGUGGAGCAAGUUAAAUCAAGUGAAGGAAGUCCUCUUGUCAAAUGCCUUCUAGAGGGCCCUAGUGGCACUGGCAAAUCUGCCUUAGCAGCUACCAUUGGCAUCCACAGCCGAUUUCCAUUUGUCAGGAUUGUUUCGGCUGAGUCCAUGAUUGGUCUUCAUGACGAGAGGGCAAAGUGUGUUCACCUUGAAAACGUCUUCGAGGAAGCUUACAAGUCACAAUUGAGCAUCAUUAUUUUGGAUGACAUUGAGAGGUUGAUGGAGUUUAUUCCUAUUGGUCCAAGAUUUUCAACCAUGAUAUAUCAAACACUAUGGGGCCUUCUUAAGCGCUUUCCUCCAAAGGGGAACAAGCUUCUGGUGAUUGGAACAACUAGUGAAUUUGAAUUCUUGGACUCAAUUCGCUUUUGCAAGACAUUCUCUCACACUUACAAUGUUCCUACAUUAACUAGUGAGGAUGCAAAGAAGGUGCUAGAACAGUUGAAAGUUUUUGCUGAUGAGGAUAUAAAUGCAGCUGCUGAUGCCCUGAAUGAUAUGCCUAUCCAGAAGCUCUAUACGUUAAUUGAGACAGCAGGCCAAUGUGCGAAGCCUGUUUACUCUGGAAAAAAGAAAAUAAAUAUCAGUGACUUCUGUAAUUGCCUUCGAGAUAUUGGGAGAUAGUAUUACAUGUAGUCUUUAUUCUGUAACUUUUAUUACCGUAGUCUUUUCAAGUGAAUUCCAGAUGCAUUUUGUUAAGAGUUUGUUGAUGCAGACUGUAUGUAUAUCACAUAGCUAAAUGAUGGAGGCUUGUUGCCAACGAAAUAUUCAUCGGUUUGCCGUGAAGAGGCAUUGCCGACGAACAAUUCACCGGCACGUGUGUCUCUUUAUCUUUAGGUGAGACUUUUGGCGACGAACCGUUUUUCGGCAAAUGUAUGUUGUUUUAUUUUUCAUAGGGGACUUUUGACGUCGGUUUCCGUUGAAGAAGGCAUAUCAUUCUUCGGUGUCAACAAGAUAACGAGUGAUCCGUAUGUCACGGUGUCAGUUGCAGGUGCUGUAGUUGGGAGGACUUUUGUGAUCAGUAAUAGUGAGAACCCUGUUUGGAGCAACAUUUUGAUGUUCCGGUUGCACACUAUGCUUCAGAGGUGCUUUUUGUUGGGAAAGAUAGUGAUGUUGUGGGUUCCCAACUCAUAGGAGUUGUAGCAAUCCCAGUUGAGCGAGUAUAUUCUGGGAUGGGAAACCCUGUAAGCCUGGAGCUGUUUUGAGUUUAGCGAUUCAGUAUGUUCCUAUUGAAAAAUUGACCUUUUAUGAUCAUGGGGUAGGUUCAGAUCCUGAUCAUCAAGGGGUUCCUGGUACUUACUUUCCUGUUAGGACAGGCGGUAAAGUUGCUCUUUAUCAAGAUGCCCAUGUUCCUGAUGGUUGCCUUCCCAAUUUCAAGCUUGAUGACGGUCUUAAGUACGAGCAUGGAAAUUGUUGGCAAGACAUAUUUGAUGCAAUAAGUGAGGCCCGCCAUUUGAUAUACAUAGCUCCGUGGUCACUGUACCCCAAAGACAGAUUGCUUCAGAAUAAUAAUGGUUCAUCAGAUAGCACAUUAGGUGAUCUGCUGAAGACCAAGUCACAGGAAGGUGUGAAAGUUCUGCUUCUUGUUGGGAACGAUCCAACUUCUAUUAAGGGAUAUAAAACGGCAAGGUCCGAGGUGAUUAGACAUAUACAAGUAUGCUCCAUUCUGUAGUGUAGCAUACUUUUGGUUCAAUAAUGCAUUUACUGAUCAACUUAUUAUUUGCUCAUUGUUGAAGCUCCCGAAAUUGCCUAUGCAUAUCUGAUAUAUAUAUAUAUUCCCGUCUCAGGGUCUGUCUUAAGGUCCAACAGUAUUGAUUACUACUUGUAGCUGUGGGAAAGCUGUCCUGAAUCUAGCUGUAAAUGAGCAAAGGAAAUGUGAAUUGACUUUCACAUUUUUAACAAAUGUUGUGUUUUUUUUUUAAAUAAAGGGCUAGUGCGGCUGCCCUCUAGCAUU